AUGCGCCAGCUUGUGGAGAGGGUUCAAUUCCUUGACGGCGACUUGCAGUGCUGUGCAGAAAUCCUCGCAGGUGCGCUUGGACUGUUGGCCGCUGGUGGAGCCGGCGAGGCUGUGGGCGUCCCUGUGCACGAAGCCGUACCUGAAGAGCGUGGGCGUGGUGGAGUCGCAGUCCACGAUGGAAGGGCAGUCGGCAGUGUGAUUGGAGCUCGGGGCCAUGGGAAGACGCUUGGCUGUGCAGUCGGCGCAGCUCCUGGCGUGGCAGGUGGAUGUGGCGUCGGCGCAGGUGCGCUCGCAGUCCUGGAGCAGUGA